CUGCGAGAGACUAAGCCACUAAGUCAUAUCAGUCCAACAAAAAGAACAUGACAAGUUAUGUUACUUCUCUAUAUAAGACAUGAUCGUGCAAAUAUGGCGUGCAGUUGAUUUAGUGAUUUUGAGGCGCAAAAAACAGUAAAUCUCACUAAAUGUUUAGUCUUGCAACCAAAAGUUAUUCUUUUACAUUUAAUACGGCAUGAUUCCUCCGUUUAACGUGUUAUUUCUUGCGAAGCAAAGACACUCAUGGGAUGUUGGACAACGAGUUUCGACUUCGGACACCUGAAAGCGCAUUCCAAGGUGUCCAUGUUCUUUACCAUGCUCCUUAUAUUCACCUAUUUAUUCUACUGUCUCACUGGAUACUGCGAUUCCAUGCCGAGUCCACUGUACGUCCAUCAAAGUUUCAGAAGCAAACUUUUCCCAAAGGAAUGGAAGAAACUCCAGCCGGACGCGCACUGGAACGGCUCCAUCGUACGCGAACUCCCCGAUCAGGAUGCGACAGACGUGGAAGAUGAGAAGAGGCAGCGAGGCUUAGACUAUGACACUUACAACAAUCUUUCUGUGUCAAACAAUUUUGGCACCAAAGAGUUUCCUCAGGCGAUUAUUAUCGGCGUGAAAAAGGGGGGAACGCGCGCGCUUCUGGAGUUCCUGCGCGUCCAUCCCGACGUAAGAGCCGUAGGCGCAGAGCCGCACUUCUUUGACAGGUUCUAUGAGAAGGGUCUUCAGUGGUACAGGAAUCUAAUGCCUCGUUCUUUAGACGGCCAGAUCACCAUGGAGAAGACACCCAGCUACUUCAUCACACGUGAAGCCCCUUCCCGAGUUUUCUCCAUGAGCCGCAGCACUAAACUCAUCGUGGUGGUCCGUGACCCCGUGACCCGGGCCGUGUCGGACUACACUCAGACUCUGACCAAAAACCCCGGCUUGCCGUCUUUCCAGAAUCUGGUCUUUAAAAACUCCACCACGGGUCUGAUCGACACAUCCUGGAGCGCCGUGAGGAUCGGCAUCUACGCCAAACACCUGGAGAACUGGCUCAGGUAUUUCCCACUCGCACAGCUUCUCUUCGUGAGCGGCGAAAAGCUGGUGACGGACCCCGCGGGAGAAAUGGGCAGGGUGCAGGACUUUCUGGGACUCAAACGGGUGGUGACCAAUAAGCACUUCUACUUUAACCAGACUAAAGGCUUUCCCUGCCUCAAAAAGCCGGAAGGAAGCAGCAGACCACGAUGUCUGGGGAAGACGAAAGGGCGACCGCAUCCGCACAUACCGGCGGAGGUGCUGCACAGACUCAGGGAUUUCUACAGGCCUUUCAACAUGAAGUUCUACCAGAUGACUGGGCAGGACUUUGGCUGGGACUAAAGAGUUGCACCCUUUUUGAUAAUGCAGAAAGCUAUGAAACGGUCUUAUUGAUUUUCACUGUAAGCACAGUCAAAGCUCACAGUGCAUAUAAUGUGUACUGGCCCAGAAAGACAAUGAGAAACAAAAUUAAUUUUGAAUUUCGCAGAUUAAGUCAAGUCACUUUUAUUUAUAUAGCCCCUAAAGGGACAUGGGGAUGGAAAAAAAUAUAUGUAAAUGCUUUUAUGUUCUCUUGAAAAAUGUUUGUGUUGUUUGAGAAACUCGCAAAGUUUUUUGUGGGAACGCAAAACUUUUUGCGAGAAAACGCAAAAGCAUUGAAGUAUAUUUUUUCCUCCCAUUUUAUAUUUUUUCAUCACCAUGUCACUUUAGGGGCUCUGUAUGGAAGCUUGUUUCUGCCACUAAAUAAAAAAUAAAAAAAGGUAAUUGCGGCUUUUUAUCUCAAAAUUCUGACUUCUUUUCUCAAAAUUGCAAGUUAUAAUGUCAGAAUUGCAAGAUAUAAACUCACAAUUACAAAAAAUAAAGUCAGAAUUGCUUUUUUUCUCACAAUUGCGAGAUAUAAACUUGCAAUGAUGAGUUAUAAAGUCCAAUUCUGAGGAAAAAAAGACUGAAUUUUUUUCUCAGAAUUGGACUAUAACUUGCCAUUGUGAGUUUAUAUCUCACAAUUCUGACUUUAUAACACAAUUGCGAGUUUAUAUCAUGCAAUUCUGAGAAAAAAGUCAGAGUUGCGAGAUGUAAACUCACAAUUGCAAGAAAAAAGUCACAAUUACCUUUUUUAUUUUUUUAUUCAGUGGCGGAAACAAGCUUCCAUAGCUCUGUAAUAUAGCGCUUUAUAUAAUAGAGCUUGUUUUAAAGCAGCUUCACAGUAAUAAAGAGAAUAACAGAAUCAGUGAUGCAAACUUCAUCAAAUAUGCAACAAAUUCUGCUGUAAAGCACCUCUACAAAGACAACAGUGUCGUUAUUCAGCUCAAUUCAGUUCAGUAUUUUAGUUCAGUCAAGCCUAAUUCAGUUCAGUGUUGAUUCAGUUUAGUCCAGCUUAAUUCAUUUCAGUGUUGAUUCAGUUCAGUUGUGUGUAAAGUUUACUGUGUAAAGUUACUCAUUAUGAAAUGAGUUCAGUUCAUCUAUAAGCGGCUCUACAGAUGGCAGUCAAUAGUGUCAUUAUUCAGCUCAAGUUCAAGUUUUGUUCUCAUCUGAUCAGUGAAGUCAAAUUGAAUAUUAAGUGUUUUUUAAACCCCAAAUUAUUGCAUUGAAACAUUUUUACUUCAUCAAAAUACAUCAAAUACAUUUAAAACAGGCAUUUUCCAGUAUAUAUUUGCAUUUUAAAAUGCAUUUUACCAUCUAUUUUUUUGUUUGCGUCUGAAUCAGCUGAGAACGAUCUCAAACUGAACAGAAUAACGGCUCUGAUGUCUGCUGCCUAAACGGUCCCGUAUUUCAGAUGCCCAUAAUGAUACAGCUCAAAACACAUUUGUUCUUUGUGAUUUAUUGCUGCCAAAAAGAGCAAAACUUGGAUGUUGUCAUUCAACCACUGUUACGUAACAGACAUGAGACUGAGGAAAGAAAAGAGAGACAGGGAGGAAAGCAAUAGAAAUGUGCUAUAUUUAUUUAUUUUGUGUAUUUUUGCUCAUUAAAAAAGGCAUUUUACAGUAAAAACAAUGACUUUAGCUAUUUAAUGUGUACUCUUUGGUUUAGAUUUUGAACCACGUAUUGUUUUUGCCACAUAUUUGUUUUUGUGUUUUUUUAUGACAUUUGAUUAUUCAUGUAAUUCUCUUAGGAUGUGUUUUCAUAGUGAUUUAGCUAUUUAACCCUGUCUUAGUUUAAAUAGUUUAUUUCUCAAUAAUUAUUCAAGAUGUUAUACAGGGAUGAAUACUGGACUAUGCAUUAUUCUUAAGACAAUAUCUGCUGACUGAAAGAUUUGCUUCUGCUGUAAAUUGCUAUUAUUUAUAUUUAUGAAUGUAAAGAUUUUUUGAUCUGUCAGUGUCCAAAUAUAUAUUGAAAUCAAUGAGCAGCUUUUUUUCUACAAGCAU